AUGAACAGCCGCCGUGCUUCAGGGUCACUCCGCGACGGCCCGGACGACGUGAAAGAGGAUGCAAAGUCGCAAGUUACGGGGACGAUAGAGGAGCGUUUCGACUAUGACGCCAGCGAUGUCAAACGCUUAGUGCGUAAAGUCGAUUGGCGCAUCAUGCCAUUUCUUUGGGGCUAUGCUGUUCUCUCGGCAGUCGACAAAGUCAUCAUCUCGAACGCAGCUCUCUACGGCAUGUUGAAAGACAACAAUCUGGUUGGUCAGCAGUACAGCUGGGUCGGCUCCAUCUUCUAUUUUGGCUACCUUGUAGCUGAGUUCCCAGCUGUAAAUCUGAUGGCUCGGUUUCCGAUCGGCAAGUUUCUUGCAAUUACAGCCAUGGGUUGGUCUGUCACGACGCUGCUCAUGGCCGUCACCCACAACGCCGCCGGUCUGAUGGCGCUUCGAUUCUUUAUGGGCAUGUGGGAAGCGCCAGCGCUACCUGGAUUGACUCUGAUCACCGUCAUGUGGUGGCGGAAGAAAGAACAACCAUUGCGCGUGGCCAUCUGGAGUUCAACAGUUGCCUCGGUAUACGUUGGGCUUGUCUCUUAUGGCAUUGGAAACAGCACCCUGGCUAUAGCUUCAUGGCGUCUGCUUUUCAUUGUUCUAGGUGGCAUUAGCUUCAUCUUUUCUAUACUCAUGUUCUUUCUCUUUCCUGAUAGACCCGAAGAAGGCAAGUUCUUAUCAGCAAAAGAAGCAUACAUCGCGGUGCACCGCAAGCUUGACGACAACACUGGCAUCGAAAACAAGGAGUUUAAGUGGUACCAAGUCUGCGAGGCCCUCAUCGACUGGAAGUCUUGGGUUGUGUGCUUGUUCUUCCUGUGCAUGAAUGUGUCCAACGGUGGACUCAAUACCUUCUCUGCGCAGAUUGUGUCCAGCUUUGGGUUUGACCCACUCAAGACAGUUCUUCUUGGUAUGCCUACCGGCGUCAUCCAGGCAGUUUCUUCCAUCCUCGCCACGAUUCCCCCUCGCUACAUCAAGGACACCCGAUGCAUUUCGGCUGCCGCUUGCUGCAUCGUGCCCCUUGUGUGCAGCAUCGUCAUUCGCGAACUACCCUCUUCUAACAAGGCUGGUCUGCUUACCGCGUAA